AUGAAGCCCAAGGCAUCAUCCUUUAAAUGUGUCAUACCAGGAAGUGAGUGCCGGCGUUCAGAUCUGCAGACACACAGCAGAGGGAUUGAUGCUCUGCUUCAGCUCUGCCCCAGUGUGAAGCAGACGCUGGUUUGGGAUCAUGGUGACCCCGCUGACCUCCAGAGGUCAAACGCUGCACAUCUGAAGGGUUUUGUGGCUCAUCCUCCGUCUGCUGGACUCUACAACCUUUCAAUGUCAUUGGUCCAGGCUGCUGCUGUCCUCAAGGCCAAAUCUGAUCCGCUGAAUGACAUGGACCGGAAUGAGCUCUCGCCCGGUUCGGAUGUGGCGGCUAUGACGAAGAAAGCGGCCCACAAGAGCGCGCCCGGGCUCCGCUGCACCGGCAACAGCAGCACCGCCAAGAGUUGCCUGGACUCCAGCUCAGAUGCGAACCCGAAACCCAAUCACGUCGCCAUGGAGGAGACUGACGACCUGGAGGAGGAAUCCAAGUUUCAGCAUCCGCGUCUGAGGAGGACAGGAGGCGGGAUUCAGAUAAAGAGCUGCGCAUCGGGAGGAGGAGGAGGCGCAAAUAGGAGCUGCACAUCCACGGAUGCGCGCCCGGGUGAUGCUGCUGCCGUUAUAGGCGGCGGAGGAGGAAGCAAAGCGCCUACCGUAGUGGCCACCGUGACGGUAGAGGCUUAUAAUGCGUCC